UUAUUGUGGAUUAUUUUUUAUAGAAAAUCAACUUGUGUAUUCUUAUUAACAACUUUGGGAUAACAAAAUCCUAGACUAUCCUAAUCGAAAGGUCUCAAUGAAGAUCAGCUUUCAUGUUUAAUUUGAAUGGUUCACAGUGAACUACUUGUUUACCUGAAUCCAUUUAAUCUGCUCAAGCAAAAGUAAAAAGUUCAAAAGAAAUAUAAAGACACCGGUGUUAAAAGUUUAAUUAAUUUUGUAACUGCUUUGUGACAAAAAUAAAUACAGUAAAUUAUUCGACGCCAGAAUCUCCAUCAUAAUAUACUUCGAAUGAAAUCUUUCAGAAUUUCACAAGACCUAUAACAAUUAAAAGGAGAUCCUCCAUAUAAUAUGGUUGAUUCAAAUGCUCUUAGUUCAAAGGAGCAUUAUCGUUCAGAACUGCAAAAUAGGUUAUACUUUUCAAAUGGUUCAAGUCAAGAUAUGAAAAUCCCUUAUCCAUGUACAUGUUGCAAACAAAAUUCCCCUUCCAUAUUUUCAUCACGAUGUGCAGACUGUGAUACUCCAGCUAUAAACUAUAAUCUCAAUUUAUCGACAACCAAUUUUUCUGAUAAUGACCCCAACCCAUUUUCUCAGUUUACAUCUUUAUCAAAAUCCAAAGAUCCAUUCUCCAGUGUUUGGAAUAAUGAACAACACAAUUUUGUCAAUAAUAAUUCUCUUCCGUCUAAAGUCCCGUCUCCCGUUAAUUCUUCCCUAACCACUUUAAAAUGUGAUGAGUUCUCCACGUCUAAAAUUAAUUUGAGGAACACUAUUGAGUUGUCUACAAAUCAACUGGCCAUAUCAAACGAAGACGAUAGCAGAUGUGGUGAUAUGGAGAUAAUUAAUAACAAAGGCACUGAAGAAAAUAAUAAUAUUAGGAGUUAUCAUCAAGUCAUUCACACUGAUAAUGCAUACCACAUGAAUCAGUCUAAUCCGAAUCUUCUUAAACUUUUGUCGGACUGUAACCAGUUAGUCAGAAACUCAUCAGUUGAAACAUUACCAUCUUUGUAUUCACCUCUACCUUCAUUAUCAUCUUUUAAUACACUACAUCCAUUUAACAAUCAUUUUACAAGAUUAGACUCGUUAAUGCUAGAUAAUACUUCAAAAUGUCUCAGCGAGGAUUAUAUCACUGAAAAGAUGGAAGAAAAUAAUCAAACUAAGAAUGAAGAUAAUAAUGUUAAUGAAAAGUCCGAUGAUUAUAUGGACAGCAAACCAAUUUAUCCGAAUAAAAAUUCCUUGUGGAUCUCCAAUAAUUGCACUGACCCAAAUAAUACAGUAGGAUUUGAAGAACCAUUUGAUGUCGGUCACACAAUGAAAGAAGUGAUCAAAUCUUCUAUUUGUAAUUAUCCUUCAAAUAUAUAUAAUUCUUCAUUAUCACUACCAACAUCUUUCCAAUCCUCCCUUUCUAUUUCACCGACUCAUAACUAUGAAUCAUUACAGGUGGAAAAACCUGCCAUAAACUUUGUAAAUCAUGCUCAGGUUACCACUAAUCCUUGCAUGAUACAACAUGACAUGCAACAUUCAACUUCAGCUAACUAUUCAUCAUCGUGUUCUUCUUCAUCAUCGUCAUCGUCUGAGCAUCAGCAGCAACAGCAGCCAAAUCAUUGUUAUCCUCAAACUGACAUUGCUUCAUACUUACCAUCACAAAUUAAUUCGAUAGAAUGUAGUCAUAAAUAUCAACAUAAUUUAACUGAUAUAACCUCUCUACAUCAUCAAGAACAACAGCAUCGACAGAAAAAAUUGUUGACUCACUUGCCAACACCAACGGAAACCGUCAAAUGGAUGCCUAAGCAUUUGAUGACGAUUAAUACACAACAGCAUCACCAACACCAACGUCAACAACAACUCACAGACGACCUUCUUGCAAGUGAAUCUCACUCAGUAAUCAAUAAACUUGGCAUGGAAUAUACCUCUCAAGUAACCAUAGACAAACAACCUUUGCUUCAUGAAACUCCUCAGUGUGUACAAUGUGGAACAGUUAAUAUUGAAAAUCAACAGUGGGUUUUUGACAGAAUUACUGAACUCUAUCUAUGCAAUGAAUGUAAUCAACAAAUCAACAAUGACAACAAUAGAAUUAAGUCCACAAGAAAAAUGAAGCAUGUACCAAGUAUAAAUGUACCAGCUGAUAAAGCUAAGCCAUUCUUUGAUCCACUACUGAAUUAUUGUACAAGGAAUAGAAAUCGAUCAGGUUUAGACCAAGAUAAUCGGAGUUUGUCUUUUCUCAUAUGGAAUGAUGUCAAAUCUUACUCUAACGAUCCUUCAUUUAUAUUCAAUCCUACGAACAAUUUAAAUGAGAUAGAUAAACACUUGCAAAUACAAUCACCUCAAGAGAUUUCAAAUUAUUCUUCAUGGUCACAAUAUACAACGAAUGUGAUGAAGGAUGUGGAUGUUACUAGGGAACCAAUCGAUUCAAUACAUAGUGAAGUAAAGAUCUCAAAGUCAUCUAACCCAUUAAAUAUACCAAAUUCUACACGUCGUUCAGGACAAUUUUGUACCAAUUGUAAUACAUCCGCAACUACCCUAUGGCGCCGUAACACGGAAGGAGAACCAGUUUGUAAUGCAUGUGGACUAUAUUAUAAACUGCACAAGAUAAACCGUCCAAUAUCCAUGAAGAAAGAGGGGAUUCAAACUCGCAAGAGAAAGCCAAAAAUGAACACACUAAAAUCUAAUCAGUUGUAUGUAACAAAUUCCUCUCGAGGUUCUGGAAAAUUUUUAAACAAAUUAGUGGCGCGUAUGGAUGGUUCUAAACAGCUUUAUAACCAAUCUCCAUAUAAAACCAGGCAUCAUCAUAUUCCUUACCAAGGAACAGAGGUUGAAAGUCACCAUUCUAUUCCACCUAGAUUUUUAGCUUUCCCAAAUUUGUUUUAUGAUGAACAAAGCAUGAAAAAACAAAAUUUGGAUGAAAACAAAUCGAAUACAUUGGAUUCAUUAUUUCAUUCUCACUCAUUAAAUGAAGUUCAUCCAAUGCAUUUUACAGCACGUACUCCGCAAUUUCCUCCACCUCCUCAUCCCCCACCAGUCUCACCAUCUCAUCAUCACCGAGCGAAUAUACACGAACCAAACAAUUCAGUUAGCGAUAUUCACUAUAACCAAAAUGGUGACCAAUUUGAAAAUACUGCGAUGAUGAUCAAUCGGUUACCGAUAUUGAAUAAAGUAACUGGAGAGAAUUGUAUAAAUUCAUUAUUAAUCUGGUCGAACACAUCAAGAACAAACGAUGAUUCCAUGAAUACUGUAUUAUUAACCAACUUUAUCGAGUUAGACAAUAAUCGUAAUCAGACUAUCAAUGAAGACGAUAAUGAGAAUAGUAAUAAUAAUAACAAUGAGAAUAGUGAUAAGCACUCCAAUAUCCCGAUUGAUUUUUCAAAUACAGUUGUCGAUUUUAUAAAUUUUCAAUAUCAAGAAAUCCAUGAAAAAUCUGAAACUCCAAAUUUACUACAUCCAACCUUUGAACAGAAAAUGCUGGUGACUGACGAUGUAGUGAGUAAUGAGAAGUCAACAAUCUAUCAUACUGCAAGUUUGGUUAGAUGUAACGAAAAAGUUUAUAAUUGAAAUAAUAGUAUUUUUUCCUGUUGUGAUUAUUUUGCAUAGUGCUAUUAUCUAAAACAGCCGUAAAUGCAGCAACAGUUAUAAACAAGCUGGAUUCACAUUUUUGUUUUCACUUAAUAAUAUGUCUAUGUAUUUUACCUAGUCACUAGUAUACCUUCUAAAGGCGUGUUUAAUAUACUAUCCCCUUCUAACUUUUAGUGACCCUGUGUUAAUUUUCAAGUGAUUGCUCAUUAGUCGAAAAUUUCACCUACUAGACAGUGGACAGUAUUUACAUAUUUCUGGUCAACAGAUGACAGUAAUAAUAAUUGUGGUGACUACUUAACACUUGAGUGCAAUAAAUAGCAUGGUUAUUAAACUCUAUUAUGAGCAGAUAAAUGCAUAUAUACGUUUAUUUUACUGUAUAAUUUUAUUAAACUUUGCACAGAUGGUCAUUGUCUAUGAAAGAAAACUUACCGUAUGAAAUGCUAAAAGAAAUUCUACAAUAUUUAGAAUGAAAACCAUCUUUUUUUCUAAAACUUGUGUCCCGAAAUGUACUAAUAAAAUUAAUUAUUCUCAUUGAAAUCGUCAACCAAUCUAAGUUACGUAACCAUUGAAAGUCUGGAGGCACUGCAUGACUGUCUUGCUCCAGUGUGAGACUCCUCAGCAUUGCAUAUCCACGACUCCGCAUCCUGGAAUCGAAUUCAGGACAUUCGGUCUCGCGUGAGGAGGCUUAACCUUACAAACAACUAAAUAAUCAUCGUUUUGUGUAAACUUAUAAGUCAUCUGAAGCAUACUAAAUCUCUCGAUGAUUUUACUGAACCUUAUUCCACGAGCUAUUCAUACACGUACUCUUCAAAAGUAACAUUAAAAUAUAAAAUUCAGUAUCUGAUGUAUUAAUCCAUUAUAAAAUGUUUUUUAAAGUUAUUUCUUCGCAAAAGUUUCUAAAAUCCUUCAAGAACAUAAGUAUUUGACUUUGGAGAUGAAUACAGGUUGAAUACUGAAACUUAAAGAAUAAGAUGCCCUAUUCUUCAUUGUUUAUCUUAUUUGUUUCGACCAAAUACACUAUGGCCAUCAUACUUAAAUUUAGAGCUGUGGUGCAUUCGUACAACUGUAGAUGCCUGAGUCUUGACCUUGUAUCCCUAAACUCGGUUGAAAUUCACCAAUGUUCAACUAGUCAAAUAAACUGUAACAUAUAAACUAAGAUCCAAGAAUUAUUAUUUUCUUCAGUGUGACAUAUCUACAUACAUUUAUCGUGGUAGGUAACAUAUUCCUCAUUUACCUUCCAAAACUUUUUUGAUGUAGCUUUCUUAUGUUUACCUUAGUUACAUUUUGCAAAACCAUAUCAUGUUUCUCAUACACUUUCACUCCUAAAAACUGUCAUAAGAAACACACUGUUUUCUGUGUGAACAUUCACUGAAUAAUAUAAUUUCCAUAGUUGAAAUGAGAAGGGGAUUCAUGAUUGCAAUAUGUGCACGUGUGUUAAGCAUCAUCCAAAAUCCAACUGUCUAUAGUUUUUUUGGUUAUCUUAGAAUUAAACAAAACAUUUUAAAUAGUAAAUCUUAAACUUUUUAAAAGCAUUGAAUAUAGGGAACAUAAAUUACAACUAUGUAAAUAGUUUACAGUGUACCUGUGUACGUACACGAAGAGCAUACUUUCAACAGAUAAGGUAAUUUUCCGAUUUUGGUAACAGUUUGCUUAUCUUAUCACCCUAGUCAUGUUAUGUCGUACGUCUUUGUCGAACAGCGAGGGGAUAAUAUUUUUGGAAGGGUGUUUCAAAACUACUUGGAGAGUAGUUUUAGUGACCGGAAAUGCAAAUAUAGUAAAUGAUGUAUUAUUUCAUUUAUGAUUAGAAAUUUUCGUAAACAGGUUAACCUAUUUCUAAUUUGCAUGAGGAAAGUGAGCAGUUGAGUUCUUACAAUGUGAUAUUGUGUACUGUUAACUAAACAAACAGAAUCUCAAAGAAAUAACAAACAAAAAAUAUAUUCUAUAUAGUUGAAAUCAUGAGUCAAUUGAAG